CCAGUUGAAGUUACCUAACGUUAACUUUAGUUAUCUCAGCCUUAAAGCCAUGCGAUUUUUCGCCCUGAUCGCCUUGUGUCUGGUCGCACUUUUGGCCCUGACUUCCGCCGAAGAAUUGACGGCAUCAGUUUGCGCCUGUCCCCGGAACUACCAGCCCCUGUGCGGAUCCGAUGGCCACAAUUACUCCAACCAGUGCGACUUGAAUUGCGCCGCUAAAGCCAAAGGACGUACUAUCACUGUGGCCAAGAAGGGACACUGCUAAGAAAGAUACUUAUAAUUAUAAGCCCACUUGAAAGACCUAAGAAACGAGAGAAAUAAAUAUUUGCCAGCUUUAAAA